AUGGGGGAGGCCGAAGAGCAGGUGCCUGACCCCAUACCCCAUGACCGCCAUUCUGUGAAGUAUGGGAGUGCUCCAGGCGGACCGGCUUUUCCUGGUCAAGCUCAAGAUCCCUUGUAUGGUUAUUUUGCAGCUGUUGCUGGGCAGGAUGGGCAGAUAGAUGCUGAUGAGCUUCAAAGAUGUCUAACCCAAUCAGGCAUUGCAGGAGCAUAUAAACCUUUCAACUUAGAGACAUGCAGACUCAUGAUUUCCAUGCUGGAUAGAGACAUGUCUGGCACGAUGGGCUUUAAUGAAUUCAAAGAGCUCUGGGCUGUGCUGAGUGGUUGGCGGCAGCAUUUCAUGAGUGUUGAUUCUGACCACAGUGGCUCAGUGGAUUCCCAGGAGAUGCAGAAAGCUUUGGCAACCAUGGGAUUUAGGUUGACUCCACAGGCAAUGAGUGCCAUAACAAAACGGUAUGGUUCUCAUGGAAAGAUUGCAUUCGAUGACUAUAUUGCCUGCUGUGUUAAACUCAGAGCUCUCACUGAUAGCUUUCGAAGAAGGGAUGCAGCCCAGCAGGGAAUGGUGAACUUCCAGUAUGAUGAUUUCAUUCAGUGUAUCAUGAGCAUCUAAUUUGUAAUGAAGGAAGAAACUCAGCAUGAUCAACAUUCCACGUUGUUUUUUUGCUUUGCACCAAAAAAAAUCAUGGCUGCGUAACUAAGUGGUAUUUGCAUAUUUUAUUAAUAUUGAUUUAUAUGCCUUUAUAGUUUUGAUAACUAACAAAAGAAGGAACGUGAAAUAAAUUUUGUUUUGAGUUGA